AUGUUUGCCAUGAUGCGGUAUGGUACUGAGGCCUCCUCUGGGGGCGGCCGAAGCAGCCGCCGCGAGACGAUUGCCCGCGUCGUCGCCGGCGCUGUUGCCGAGAAGCGGCUGCGCGAGACCUACGGCAUCGAGAUGACCAAGACGAACCACUGCGGCGGUAUCCGGGGCGGCAUCUCUAACGGCAUGCCCAACUUCUCGGGAAGCGUCGGCGCUCACACAAGAGCACUGCAAAGGGUACCUUACCUACCCAACCUCGAGCCAGCUUCCAUCAAUGACGUCCUCCUGGAGAACGAGACAGGCACUGCUUGGUAUCAUCGCUCCAUGGGUACGCAUACACCCCUCCUUCCUACCCAAGGAGAAGGGAAGAAGAAGAAGAAGAAGAAGAAGAAGAAGAAGAAGAAGAAGAAGAAGAAGAAGAAGAAGAAGAAGAAGAAAACAUCCGAACUUGUUGCUUGCUUUGCUCUGCGCUUUUCCCAGCAGCCAGCCACUUAG